AUGGGUGAAGAAGAUGACCUCAGAACCGUCGUACAUUCGUUCUAUUCCACCCAGUAUUCGCAACAACAACAACAGCAAACACAAAUGCCGGUGGUACAUCAUCAUUCUAUGAUGCAUGGUUCCCAGGGAUAUGGCAGCGGUCCGCCUAUGAACCCGUUGGGCAUGUCACGCUCGCAGUCGCACACGGUGAACCUGCUUAGCGAGGACUUCAUCGCUGGAUACAUGGAGCAGGGCCGCAUGUCUGUCGUCCGAAGAUUCUUCUGCCUUUUCGUUACAUUCGACGUCGUGUUCAUCUCUCUGCUUUGGAUCAUAUGCGUUGUGAUUACUGGCGACAACGUGAUACAUGCACUGCAAACUCAGGUCCUUCACUACUCGGUCUACACAUCGCUAUUUGAUGUCGUUAUAGCUGCCCUCAUUAGGUUUAUUUUUCUGAUACUGUUUUAUGGGCUGCUGAGCAUCAGCCACUGGCUGGUGAUAGCGCUAUCUACAACUAGUUCCUGUGCAUUUCUUAUUAGCAAAGUAUUUCUUUACAACUGGACUGCUACACCGCAACCGGUGUUCGAGGUGCUCCUGAUAGUAGUAUCGUUUGUGCUCGCGUGGGGCGAAGCAUGGUUUUUAGACUGUCGCGUUAUUCCGCAGGAACGCUAUGCGAGGAAUUAUUUCGUCGCGAUAACAAAUCCCAGCUCGAUGGACGCUCGUACACCGCUGCUGGGGCCGUUCCUAAGUGCAUCGAUUGCUGGCCGCACAGAAAGUAUAGGAAACUUUUACUCACCAUACGAUUCCAUUCAUAACAGCGAAGAUGAUGAUGAAGAAGAUGAGCAGGAUGAUGAGUUCAAAAGGAUGGGUGCAGAAUGUGUCCGAAAGGCGUACACCUUGCUCGAAGCUGACGGCUGGAAGAUCGAAAAAGUGACCGAAAAAGGUGACACGAUCCAGAGCUGCCAGCAUGAGAAGGUAGGCAAGGUCUACAAGCUUACUGCGAAGAUCCACUACCCCGCACGUAAGUUGCUGCAGGAAUUGUUUUACAAAAUCGAAGAGGUGCCCAAGUGGAACCCGACGCUGCUGGAAUCGAAAAUCAUUCGGAAAAUCGACAGCCACACGGAUAUUUCCUAUCAGGCGACGGUAGGCGGUGGUGGUGGUGUCGUGAAGUGUCGUGAUUUUGUAAACCUUCGCUGCUGGCAUCUGUGCCGAGACGGUCGGGUGAUCGAGGGCGUAGACAUCUUGCCAAACCCGUUGAUAAAUCUGUCCCCAGUGACAGAAGAACGUGAAGGCACCGGUUCCGUCGAGCAGAGCGACGAGAGUGACCUGGAGGGUAGCAACCGAGGAGAAACGGUGGGCGAUAAGAUGCCUUCAUCGAAAUCGGUUCCUCAGAUGAGCCAGUCCCACGGUGAGCUAAAGCUAAAAAGCUCGAACGGUGGGGAAAGCGAUGGCAACUGCACAGAACAGAGGGGUAAGACUGCAUUCAAAACGCUCAGCAAAAGCCUGGGCGCACAGGACUUCGCCGCCGGCGCCGUUUCCGAUCAGGAGGACGUGUUUUCCGACGCACUCACCGAUGACCAAGAGCAGCGAGCGUUAAUACCUGUGGCUGAGCGGGACGUGAAGAAGAAACGACCAGUACGCGAGGACAUCGGAAUGGCGAAAGGCGGAAACGUGUACGUGAGUGCCGCAAUCAGUAUAGACUAUCCCGGUGCUUCGACUACUACCAAAUAUAUUCGUGGGGAAAAUAAACUGUCAUGCUGGGCGAUGCGAGAGCUUGAGAAUCAUAAGGAUCACUGCAUUUUCGAGUGGCUUUUGUGCUUGGAUCUGAAAGGUUACAUCCCACGCUACGUGCUAGACACUGCCUACACCACUCUAAUGCAAGACUACAUGACCUACCUUCGCAAGCACGUUGUCGAACUUCGCAAGCAAGGAAAAGUGCCUAGUGGCUCCUCGUCCACUACGUAAAGCUGUGAAUCCUGCAUCGCGUCGUCACCAUUCAUCGGAUCGUUUUGUUCACGCUUUACACAUGAAAAGUCAUUUGAAUUUAAGAUAGAGAGUCUGUUUUAUAUACAAAAUUUGAUUUCCUUUUGUUUUACUAUUCAAAAUUGGUGCGCUUUUUUCACCGCCACUAGAUCAAAACAGAAUUGCUACGGAACCAAGGAUACAAGGAUCGGGCUAUUGCAUGAGAUUUUUAGUCAAUUAUUAGAACUGACGAAGGCGCUUCCACUCACAGUGUUGCAAAGCGAAAGGAGAUAAAUUUGCAUUGGUGCAUAAAUUACCCAAACGAAUGCUAGUAACUGGACCGAUAACGUACUGAAUCAAACGGCGAUAAUCCCAGCCACUCAUUGUUGUAAGCCUUAAUUAUUCACCAAUCUAAGUAACACAUAGAGUCUGCAUUUUUCCCCUCUCGAGCUACCAUAGAGAUGCGUGGUUUUUCGAAUCUAUGUUCUACGGAGAUUUAUCCUGCUCACAUGUCCGUUUGGUAUUGUUAUUAUUUUAUUGUGAUAUGAAUAAAACAAAUAUUAUA